GACCUAGACCUCCCUACGAUAGCUAGUUAUUUCAAACGGCUCUCUAAAAGUUACUUUAAGAGAACCGAGUCUCAUCCCAACCCGUUAGAGCCUGUCCAGAUGAGGCGUUUUACGCGCGAGUCGACGCGCGCGUAGACACUCGCGCGUUCCCGAGAUACUACAGCUACAUAUAUUCCGUCCAGAUGAUGACGCGCGUUUCCUCACUCGCGCGUAAAACGCCGGUAACGAGCGAGACUCUCGACUCGCGCGUUCUACGCGCGUAGAACGCGCGAGUCGAGGUACUCGAACGCCGUUACUGCGUCCAGUACUACGCGCGAAUCUGUAGCGAGUGGACGUACUAAAAAUGGAGCGUGAUAACUUCGAUACUGAACUUUUUAUAGACGAAAUUGAAAAAAGAGUAGCCAUAUGGGAUAUGGAAUCUUCAGACUAUUCCAAUAGAGUAAUAAAACGUAGGAACUGGGAAGAAAUAGUCGAAAUUUUUUGUGAACCUGGCGAUUCCCAAGAAAAGAAAAAAGCUUUAGGCAUUUCAUUGCAAAAGAAGUGGAAAGGAUUGCGUGAUGGCUUUGUUAGAGAAAUGAAGAAGAUGAAAACCACACCGUCUGGAUCAGGAGCCUCCAGCAAAGCCAAAUAUAUUUAUUUUGAACGUUUGAUGUUCCUCGAACGAUCGACACGGAAUAAAGCUACUGAAAGCAAUAUCAACACCACGUCUGUAACAGCUGAAGAACAAGAAUUUUCUGGCGAUGGGGAAGAUGUAAUGAGACCUCCGCUUAGUCAGGUGAAAAAGAAAAAAAAAGCUGAACGCAGCUGA